AUGAUCUUGCAUUCUCUUCUUCUACAUGUGGAUGGCAGCUCUAAUGGGACUGAGCUUCAUCUAAAUUUUGGAGGUAACAAAACAAAAUUUGGCAUUGAAGAAUUCAGAAUUAUAACAAGUUUAAAUUGCAAUGAAAUUCAUGCUGACAUGGGGGUUAGCAAUGAUAAUAAUCGAUUACUUGUUAAAUGUUUCAGUGGAAAAUCAUCAAUAUCUAGAAAUGAGUUGAAAGAUUUCGUUAAAUCUAGAAAAAUAGAUAUUGAUGCCGAGGAUGCUGUUAAAUUAGUGAAAGUAUAUAUUGUGGAAAAUAUAUUAGGUAGUAAAAGAGGAGAUAGGUUAGUAGACAAUUUUGUCAUGAGUUUAGUUGAUGAAGAUCAAACGUUUGAGGCAUAUCCUUGGGGUCGCCGAUCUUUUAACGAAACUAUAAAAUACCUUACAAGCGCCCUAGAUUCAUCGAAGACAGGAUAUGAGCUAUGCGGCUUCCCUAUAGCCUUCCAAGUUUGGGGUUUUGAGGUUAUUCCUUUGUUGGCCUCAUCAUUUUCCAUUCAUGUUGGUUCAAAGUUCCCUAGAAUUUUGAACUGGAAGACAGGGAAGAAGAGUUGUCAUUUAAAGACAAUUUGGAAAAAAGUUUUUAAAAGAUCAAAGGUUUAUGCUCCUUUAAACUUUUCUAAUGAUGAAAGAAAUUCAUUUCAUCAUGCUAUGCUUUGUGUCUCUUCAACUUCUAAAAGAGGGAGAGAAGAAGAUGAUCAUAAUUCGAAUACCAAAAAGAGAAAAAUUUAUAGUUCAAGUAGUUCUAAUGAAGAAGUUAUUUCUUUGUUGAAGGUUCGUUUUUUAUUGUUUCCAACUUAUGUCCUUGUUUUUAUUUUUUGUUUAGUUUGCAUUUUGAAAAUAUUUUGUUUGCAAUUUCUUAUAUAUUUUACUUUUUUCUGUGUUUUUUAUUAUAUAUUUUUGCCCUUCUAAUUUUUUUCAGGAAAUAAAAGAAGAAAAUAUUUCUAUGUUUAAGGUUCGUUUUUUAUUGUUUCCAACUUAUGUCCUUGUUUUUGU